CAUACACGGAGCAGAACGGGAGCAGCGCCUUUGCCGAACUCCCUGGCGCGUCGACGGCGUGGUACGCAGACAAGGUGCGGCAAAACUUCCGCAAGGCUCUUGCGCUUUCGGCCGCGUACCGGACGUCGUCGCCUGCAUCGAGGCGGCUGUGGAAGAGACUGGUCGCUAUGAAGGGACCGCUUAUCCGGCAGGGCAUAUUGGCGCGGGAGGAUGGCUCUGCUGGGGAGGGGGCGACGGCAGGUAGCGGCAAGGAGAAUGGUUUCCCUAGUGUGAGGGCUGAGGCUGCCAGUGGCGAUCAGGGCCAUGGUGCUGGGCGGAAUACACAGAGCACCAGCAAUAACAUCACCAAUCCUGGCCGAUCCGCGCAGCAGUACACGGCAACCUCGGGACAGAACAUGUCGGCCAAAUUCCAGCCAAGCGGCACCAACGAUUCCAUCAUGGAUCGAGCUAUGCUGCACAGCAGUUCGAAUAUUGUCAGAGCAGGACAGCCACUUCCUGCGAAUUAUACGCCCGCUGCAGGCCCCCCCGGUAUCACUACCAGCGGGCCAGGCAGGAUGACCCGCAAGGCUGCUGAGAGCACCUUGUCUACUGCAAACGCCACUGCUGCCGCACAGGCACUGAUCAACCUGAACACGGUGACCGACUCGGCGGCAGGGACGGGAGACUCUACGGUGACUGGCUUUGGAACUACCACUCUGCAAAAUGACGUUCCAGGUGACAAUAGCGAGGAGCUCAGUUACCUCGACAUUUCUCGAGUCAGCAACAACAUCAGCAGCAGCAAUGGUGGCUACAGCCAGUACCAACAACACGCCCGGCUCUCGGCAGGGUUUAUGGACCCCGGCACGACAGGGUUUGGCUCGGGGCUCGCAGCAGAAGGGAGCGGCAGGGAUGGGCCGGGUAGCAGCGGGGACGCGGAUCUACUUGCUGGUGGGAACGGGCCGCCUCUUACGAAUGAGUAUUUUACGGGACUGGAAUGGCCUACGUGCGAUGGGGUGUAUUUCUUCUCCGAGGGAAGGUUGUUUGAUAUAUGAUGGCUGCACGUGGCCUGCAGAAUGAGCACUGAAAAUAAUCACGCGCAGCAUCC